AUGGUUAUGUGUAAGGAUCCCUCCCCUCUAAUGAUGUACCAAGAAGCCUACAAUCAGUUCUCUUUUAGGUCUCGUUCGUUAUCGGUAUCGCGAUCGCGAAAACCGCACGUGAAACACGGUUCCCCCAAAAUUCGUGCGCGUCCUCGUCCUCCGUCGCCGUCACCGAUUCCGCGUCGCGUUCCGAGACCAAUGACACCACCUCCAGUCAGACGACCAGUGAAAGGACUGAUUUCCGAUAAGCCCACGGAUCCACGCCGUCAACCGCCACCCCCCAGGCCACGUAAUCCAUCUGGCAAGGUUAUCAAUCUAGGCAGUAUCGCACCGCCCGCAGCAGUGAAGAAGACCAUCCGUAAAAAGGAAAAAUUUACAGAACCCGUAUUACUGACACGGAUCAAAAAGGAACGCACAAAGAAACGUCCCGGAUCUCCGGAUUCAUCUGGAUCAGAAGAUAGUUCCACAUCCUCCUUAUCGCCCAUUGUGGCAACUACUCGUUUGUCUCUUUCAGAGCGUUUUGGUAAGAUGGCGCAAUGGAGUAUCGAUAGAGAACGCAGAGACAUCGAAAAUAUGCGUAUAACGAAGAAUUCUAGUGGAGGCGACUUGAAAGUCAUGAUUGAGGAAGACGAUUUUCUAUAUGGUAGUCCUCCUCGUCGUUACAGUCACUCGCCCGUUCCACCAGGACAUUAUCCCGAUGAACUUUUAUCUGCUGGUCCGUCAGGUUUGGCAUCGUGGGACGAUGUUCGUGUUCGUUAUCAGUACUACAAAGAUUUAGGGUACUUAAGAGAUCUAUCGUUGGAUGACUACGUGAAAUGGGAGGAAUGGUGGUACAAAUACCAAGAUUGGUUAGCAAACGAAAGGCACUAUGAACAUUGGUUGUCGACGCAAAGAAGAGGGAAGAAAAGACUGCCAGCAUCGCAACGUUUAAAUUAAGAAUGUAAGCUAGAUAUAUGUAUAUGUACGAAAUUAUGGAUUAUUAUCAUACUGAUGAUAUAAAGAGUUUAUUAUAUCUCGAUGUAACAGAUGAUUAUAAUUUCGUUAUUUAUAAUUUUUUUAAAUAUUUUUUAACUAACGUUAACACAUUUUUAUUUUUAAUGUAUCCUAUGUUGCAUGAAGCUGUAUAGAUACGAUAUGAAGUAUUCUAAUUGUUCUCAUUAAUGUAAUUAGUACUGCAGUUAAGGGUAGCUACGUUCUGCAAGCUUAUUGAUGAUUUUUUUGAAAUCCCGUUUUUAUUGAGUACAGCUUUUGAAUGUAUUCUAUUUAUUCAAUAAAUAUUAAGUUAUGACGUUAA